AUGACUGUGGCCUGUCCUUCUCUCUGGCGACAUAGCCUCAUGUGAUGUCGUGUAAGAUAUGUGCAUCUCUGUUCUGAACCGGCUAUAGUAGAAAAGAAAUCCUCUCUCACUGCUCUGUUUAAGUUUACUUGGCUUGGGGUAGGCUUGGAGAAGCAUAAUGGCCCUUGGUAUAUAUAUGUUAGUGCUGGCUGUCUCCUCAUAAGACGCUUCUUUCCUCCCUGAUUUGAUCGGUGACCAUGGCCACUCAAGUUCGACUUGCCGCCGCCCACGUCGCCCCCAUCUUCCUCUCCGCUCAAGAAACAACGCACAAAGCAAUCCGCUUGAUCGAACAGGCCGCUAGAAACAAGGCCAACCUCGUCGCGUUUCCGGAAUCUUUCAUAUCGGCAUUCCCCAUCUGGAGCGCCUUGCGCCCGCCGACUGAGAACCAUGACCUCUUCCAGCGGAUGGUCCGGGAAUCCAUCCACGCAGAUGGCGAGGAGAUGCAGGCGGUUCGCGCGACGGCGAGGAAAUACAACAUCACCGUCAGCCUUGGCUUCUCGGAGAAGGUCCGCACCAGCAGUGCGACCUUAUUUAACUCGAACAUGAUCAUUGGCAGUCAGGGCAACGUUCUCAUCCAUCACCGGAAACUCGUGCCGACGUUCUUUGAGAAGCUGACUUGGUCGCCUGGGGAUGGCUACGGAUUACGGGUGGCAGAGACGGAGUUCGGCAAGAUUGGGGCCCUUAUUUGUGGGGAGAAUACUAAUCCUUUGGCUCGAUAUGCUCUUAUCGCUCAGGGCGAGCAGAUCCAUAUCUCGACCUGGCCGGCUGUAUGGCCGACCCGGUUGCCAUCGCAAUCCACGACGGAAGAGCACAAGCCACAGCCCGAUGCUACAGGAAAGGCAAACUAUGACAAUGUCGCCGCGAACAGAAUCCGCGCGGCCGCCCAUUGCUUCGAGGCCAAAUGCUUCGGGAUCCUCUGCGCCGGGCUAUUGGGACCCGAUGCGAUUGAGAUCGUCUCCUCUGGUUCGUCUGGCCUAAAACAGUCCUUGGAGCAAUCCCAACGAGCGGCGACUAUGUUUCUCGACCCAACGGGGGCACCGAUACGGGGGUUUUGGAUAGAUGAAGCUACGUCGGCUCAGCAUUCUGUUGAUUUCCUACAAGCUCGGGAAGGGAUGCUGUACGCUGAUGUUAAUUUGACCGACUGUAUCGAGGGCAAACAAUACCACGAUACUGCCGGUGGCUACCAGCGCAUGGACGUCUUUGAUCUCCAAGUAAAUCGGACCCGUCAACAACCAGUAAGAUUUACUCGUGCAGUUGAUUGGUUGACAGACCAGGUCCUUCGUGAGGGAUCAAAUGGUGGUUGAGGGUAGUGAUCUUCGGCAGGAUGUGCUUGACCUUUAUUGAAACAACCUUGGAAUCUAUAGUCAAUAAACACGCAAACGGCAUUAUUAUUCAUUCACACUAUCUCUAUAUCUCUAGGCCUAGCUAGCACUAGACUUCCAACCUCAGGGCUGAGUGCAGAUAAACUGCCCCGUAAUGAUUCAUAAAGUAAGGCUUAAGACAGGAAGGAAGCGAAUGCUGGAGUUAUUCAUCGUCUCGAAGACUUUUGUCGAUAUCUUGGAGCUGGAUUGGCGAGGUGUCGCCGUGUAAGGGAGCUCUUAUGCGCUGGU